CCGCUGCGUAGCAGUGCCAGUUCGUCGGCGAGAGGUGGCGGUACGGGUCGUCGAACGCGGAGAGUGGGAAAUAGAAGGGGCUCGCGCUCGCCGAGUCGAGCCGAGCCGAGCCGAGGCCGAGAGUGGUAGUGCGCUGGCGGAGCGUAGGUAACCAGCCAGCGCGUGGUGCAGCGCGACAUUGGCUCUUAGCGGUGGCGCGGCUCGUGCGUGCCAUAACGGCCGGACACGACACGAUCUUACGACAGUAGAGUACACAGUAGUAGUGCGCGCGUUCGUUUACAAGAUGGCAGACGACGGUCCGUCCGCGGCGGAGGACGCGACCGCGACAGCGGCGAGCGAACUGGGGGACGGUGAUUCUCGCGUGACGAGGGAGCGGCACAAACGCGCGGACGCCACCACGCCGAUCGUCACGGCUGCUCCGGGUCAGGAGGCGUCGAGCGACGACCGUCCGCCUCGUACCCAUCAUCGUCAGCAUCAGCAUCACUCACCGCGUCAUUCUACUUUCCACCGAGCACCACCGCCGUCUCAUCAUUAUCAUCGUAACCACUUUAAUCAUCAUCGCGACAGCGACAGCGAUCGCAUUAGUAACAAUCACAACAGUGGUGGUGGUGGUGGUGGUGGUGGUGGUGGUGGUGAUUCGUCGUCGUGCGUCGACGCGACUGGGACAGCCGCGAGCGACGACGAGGAGGAGAGCGGCAGCGGUGGUGGCGUCGGCGUCGACGGCAGUGGUAGCGGCGGCGGCGGCGACGACGGCAGGGUCGAUCCGUACCACCAUCAUCGAGACGACGAUGUCGAGAUCGAGGAGAUAGUUCGUAGUGUCGUGUCCGAGGACGACGUCGACGACGACGAGGACGACGAUUUUUACGGAGGCAGCGGCGGCGUCGAUAGUGACUGCGACGGUGAUAGUGGUGGCAGUAGCAGUAGUAUUAGUAGUAGGAAAAGUGGUGCUGGUGGUGUCGCGGGAAUCAUGACCGGUGGCAAUAAUAAUAAUAAUAAUAGUAAUAAUAGUAAUAAUAAUAAUAAUAACGCGACGACGCGCGUCGGUGUCGAGGACGCCGACUCGAACGCGGACGGUGGUGCGCCGGAAGUGAACGACCGCGAGGAUCGCGACGACGGGAGGAGGAGAGGAGCGAGCGUCGCCGUCGUCUCGACGACGACGACGAGGGAGACGAAACCGAUGGCGGACAAGGAAGAGACGAGAGCGAUCGCCGAGGACGCCGCCGCGGCUGCGAACAAGGACAACAAUCAAGUCGCCACCAGGCAUCAGGGAAGCCCGUUCAAGGGACAGGUUAGGAUGGCCGAGGACACCCUCGUAGGACCCUGCGGCAAGAAGCGGUGCGCGGAUCGAUACGACAGCUCCGAGAGCUCUGACAGGUGAGCGAGCGAGACACACCGUGGAAAGAAGAGAGGCGGGAGAAACAGAGAGAGAGAGAGAUUUCGCGAGUCGAAAAUAUAUCG